GAGAGGGUGGGGGAGGGCAGGGACGAGGACCGAGACCUGGGCCUGAGUCUCUUCGCUGGGAAUAAGCAUCCGUCAUCAAGUCCUUGGGGCUCCCUUCGCUUUUGUCCGUCUCCUGGCCACUGCCCAGCUCAGGCCGCCUCACCCCUCACCCAGAACAUUCUAUCAGCCUCCAUGUGUUCUCCCUGCCUCCAUUUCCUCUGCUUGAUCUUCCAGCCAGAGUGACCCUUUCAUGGGUACUAAUCUGAUCACAUCCUGUUCCUGCUUAGAAACCUUUUCUAGACCCUGUCACUUUAAGAUGCAGACUCAAAUCCUUAUUUGGCUAGUCAGGCUCUUUGUGCUUGGGCCCUUACCUCACCCCAGUCUUUUCUCUGGCCAUGAUAGAGCAGGCCUGUGCCCCUCCUGCCCCAGCCUCAUCUCUACACAUCGAGUCCCCCUCCUUCCGGGAAGCCCCUCCUAGUGCCUCUCAGGGUUGUUGCCCAUCCUGCCUCACCCAGCCUGGCUGCACAGACGCCAGGUGCCCAGGCCACAAGCACAGAGGGGCCCCCACACUGACCACUCCCCACCUUGGGGUGCGUGGGCAGGUCCUGAUGGAUAAGCACAGGCGUGUGGUGGCAGGGGCGGGGAACGUUGUAAUUCAUGCCCCGACCGGCCACGUGCAGACACUCUGCUCACACACACUACACACCAGCACUGCUGUGGAGGAAAGGCACGUGGUCGUGAAUGAAGGAAUGAAAGCAUAGACUAAAGGAUGGACAAAUGAAUACCUCCACACACAGACAUCCACAUGUACACACACACACACACACACACACACACACACACAGUUACACACGUGUACAGGUGGAUACACAUUCCCACACUGUGACGUGCACGGAUGGAGAGACACCCUUUAGUACGCGUUGGCGUGUGUGCAGACACUGCCUCUCCACACCCCCUGCCUCUCACCAACACCUCCGCCUGCCCCCUCAGCCCUAUUGGGGGGACCUGCUCUGGGGAGCUGCAGGGGACGGUAGGCCAGUGCCUCCCUUUCUCCCAGAUCUCCUGGAGAAGUCACGGGUGAUCUUCCAAUUGCCUGGUGAGCGCGGCUACCACAUCUACUACCAGAUCCUCUCGGGGAAGAAGCCAGAGCUGCAGGCCAGGGCGUCAUCACCGUGGACAACAUGAAUGAUGGGGAGGAGCUCAUGGCCACAGAUCAUGCCAUGGACAUCCUGGGCUUCAGUGUGGACGAGAAGUGCGCCUGCUAUAAGAUUGUGGGUGCCCUCCUGCACUUUGGCAACAUGAAGUUCAAACAGAAGCAGCGGGAGGAGCAGGCUGAAGCCGACGGCACCGAGAGUGCUGACAAGGCUGCCUACCUGAUGGGGGUCAACAGUGGGGAUCUCCUCAAAGGUCUUCUGCACCCCCGAGUGCGUGUAGGGAAUGAGUAUGUGACCAAGGGCCAGAGUGUAGAACAGGUGGUGUUUGCCGUGGGGGCUCUGGCCAAGGCCACCUACGACCGGCUGUUCCGGUGGCUGGUGUCUCGGAUCAACCAGACCCUGGACACAAAGCUGCCCCGUCAGUUCUUCAUCGGGGUCCUUGACAUCGCCGGUUUUGAGAUCUUUGAGUUUAACAGCUUCGAACAGCUGUGUAUCAACUUCACCAACGAGAAGCUGCAGCAGUUCUUCAACCAGCACAUGUUUGUACUGGAGCAGGAGGAGUACAAGCGGGAGGGCAUCGACUGGGUCUUCAUCGACUUUGGCCUGGACCUGCAGCCCUGCAUUGACCUCAUCGAGAAGCCGCUGGGCAUCCUGUCCAUCCUGGAGGAAGAGUGCAUGUUUCCCAAGGCCUCAGAUGCCAGCUUCCGGGCCAAGCUCUAUGAUAACCACGCAGGGAAGUCACCCAAUUUCCAGCAGCCGCGGCCUGACAAGAAGCGCAAAUACCAGGCCCAUUUUGAGGUGGUCCACUAUGCGGGUGUGGUGCCUUAUAGCAUUGUGGGCUGGCUGGAGAAAAACAAGGAUCCCCUGAAUGAGACAGUGGUCCCCAUCUUCCAGAAGUCACAGAACAAGCUCUUGGCUACUCUCUACGAGAACUAUGCAGGCUCCUGCUCCACUGAGCCCCCAAAGUCUGGGGUGAAAGAGAAGCGUAAAAAGGCAGCAUCAUUCCAGACAGUGUCCCAGCUGCACAAGGAGAACCUCAACAAGCUGAUGACUAACCUGCGGGCCACACAGCCCCACUUUGUCCGUUGCAUUGUCCCCAAUGAGAAUAAGACCCCAGGGGUCAUGGAUGCCUUCUUGGUGCUACACCAGCUGCGCUGCAAUGGGGUUCUGGAGGGGAUCCGGAUUUGCCGCCAAGGAUUCCCCAACAGGCUGCUCUACGCCGACUUCCGGCAGCGGUAUCGCAUCCUGAAUCCCGGUGCCAUCCCGGACGACACCUUCAUGGACAGCAGGAAGGCCACAGAGAAGUUGCUGGACUCGCUGGACAUUGACCAUACCCAGUACCAGUUUGGCCACACCAAGGUCGGGCGCACAGGAAUUAGAGCUGACCCCAGGUGUGGGUGGCCACACUGGACAGGGACAUGUCUGCGGUGGAGGUUACACCUGCUGCUCCCCUCCCCCCAGGUGUUCUUCAAGGCUGGGCUGCUGGGCGUCCUGGAGGAGCUUCGUGACCAGCGUCUGGCCAAGGUGUUGACGCUGCUACAGGCGCGGGGCCGGGGCCGCCUCAUGCGCCUUGAGUACCAGCGCCUGCUUGGAGGCAGGGAUGCCCUGUUCACCAUCCAGUGGAAUAUCCGUGCCUUCAACGCUGUCAAGAAUUGGUCAUGGAUGAAGCUCUUUUUCAAGAUGAAGCCACUGCUGCGUUCGGCACAGGCUGAGGAGGAGCUGGCUGCCCUACGGGCAGAGCUACGGGGGCUGCGAGGGGCGCUGGCCACUGCGGAGGCCAAACGCCAGGAGCUGGAGGAGACGCACGUCAGUGUCACCCAGGAGAAGAAUGACCUAGCUCUGCAGCUGCAGGCAGAGCAGGACAACUUAGCAGAUGCGGAGGAGCGCUGCCACUUGCUAAUCAAGUCCAAGGUACAGCUUGAGGCGAAGGUGAAGGAGCUGAGCGAGCGGCUAGAGGAGGAGGAGGAGGUGAAUGCCGACCUGGCCGCCCGCCGACGCAAGCUGGAGGACGAGUGCACGGAGCUCAAGAAGGACAUCGAUGACCUGGAGCUGACGCUGGCCAAGGCCGAGAAGGAGAAGCAAGCCACUGAGAACAAGGUAAAGAACCUGACGGAGGAGAUGGCAGCACUGGACGAGUCAGUGGCCCGGCUGACGAAGGAGAAGAAGGCACUGCAGGAGGCCCACCAGCAGGCCCUGGGCGACCUGCAGGCCGAGGAGGACCGUGUGAGCGCACUGGCCAAGGCCAAGCUCCGGCUGGAGCAGCAGGUGGAAGACCUGGAGUGCUCCCUGGAGCAGGAGAAGAAGCUGCGCAUGGACACGGAGCGGGCCAAGCGCAAGCUCGAGGGUGACCUGAAGCUGACGCAGGAGUCAGUGACAGACGCCGCCCAGGACAAACAGCAGCUGGAGGAGAAGCUCAAAAAGAAGGACUCUGAGUUGAGUCAGCUGAACCUGCGGGUGGAGGAUGAGCAGCUCCUCGGGGCCCAGCUGCAGAAGAAGAUCAAAGAGUUGCAGGCUCGGGCGGAGGAGCUGGAAGAGGAGCUGGAGGCAGAGCGGGCGGCCCGAGCGCGUGUGGAGAAGCAGCGGGCGGAGGUGGCCCGGGAGCUGGAGGAGCUGAGUGAGCGGCUGGAGGAAGCUGGCGGUGCGUCCGCGGGGCAGCGCGAAGGCUGCCGCAAGCGUGAGGCGGAGCUGGGGCGGCUGCGGCGGGAGCUAGAGGAGGCGGCCCUGCGGCACGAGGCCACUGUCGCCGCCCUGCGGCGCAAGCAGGCGGACAGCGCAGCGGAGCUGGGCGAGCAGGUGGACAGUCUGCAGCGGGUGAGGCAGAAGCUGGAAAAGGAAAAGAGCGAGCUCCGCAUGGAGGUGGAUGACCUGGGCGCCAGCGUCGAGACACUGGCCCGUGGCAAGGCCAGUGCAGAGAAGCUGUGCCGGACCUAUGAGGAUCAGCUAAGUGAGGCCAAGAUCAAGGUGGAGGAGCUGCAGCGGCAGCUGGCAGACGCGAGCACCCAGCGCGGGCGGCUGCAAACGGAGAACGGGGAGCUGAGCCGCCUGCUGGAGGAGAAGGAAUCUCUGAUUAGCCAGCUGAGCCGUGGGAAGGCCUCAGCCACCCAGAGCCUGGAGGAACUUCGGAGGCAGCUGGAGGAGGAGAGCAAGGCCAAGAGUGCGCUGGCCCACGCUGUGCAGGCUCUGCGGCACGACUGCGACCUCCUGCGGGAGCAGCAUGAGGAGGAGGCAGAGGCCCAGUCUGAGCUGCAGCGGCUGCUGUCUAAGGCCAAUGCUGAGGUGGCCCAAUGGAGGAGCAAGUACGAGGCAGAUGCCAUCCAGAGGACUGAGGAGCUCGAGGAGGCCAAAAAGAAACUGGCACUUCGGCUGCAGGAGGCAGAGGAAGGAGUAGAGGCCGCGCAUGCCAAGUGCUCAUCGCUGGAGAAGGCCAAGCUACGGCUGCAGACAGAAUCCGAGGACGUAACCCUGGAGUUGGAGCGGGCGACCUCAGCAGCUGCCGCGCUGGACAAGAAGCAGCGGCACUUGGAGCGGGCACUGGAGGAGCGGCGGCGCCAGGAGGAAGAGACGCAGCGGGAGCUGGAGGCGGCCCAGAGGGAGGCCCGCAGCCUGGGCACGGAGCUCUUCCGGCUGCGGCACAGCCACGAGGAGGCUCUAGAGGGCCUCGAGACCUUCAGGCGGGAGAACAAGAACCUCCAAGAGGAGAUCAGUGACCUCACAGACCAUGUCAGCCUCAGCGGGAAGAGCAUCCAGGAGCUGGAGAAAGCCAAGAAGGCUCUGGAAGGGGAGAAGAGUGAACUCCAGGCUGCACUGGAGGAGGCGGAGGGGGCCCUGGAGCUGGAGGAGACCAAGACUCUGCGGAUCCAGCUGGAGUUAUCCCAGGUCAAGGCUGAAGUGGACCGGAAGCUGGCAGAGAAAGACGAAGAAUGCACUAACCUGAGGCGCAACCACCAGCGGGCAGUGGAGUCCCUGCAGGCCUCCCUGGAUGCAGAGACACGGAACCGCAACGAGGCCCUGCGGCUCAAGAAGAAGAUGGAGGGUGACCUCAACGACCUGGAGCUGCAGCUGGGCCAUGCCACCCGCCAGGCCAUGGAGGCACAGGCAGCCACAAGGCUGCUGCAGGCCCAACUCAAGGAGGAGCAGGCAGGGCGGGACGAGGAGCAGCGGCUGGCGGCUGAGCUCCGGGAGCAAGCCCAGGCCCUGGAGCGGCGGGCUGCACUGCUGGCCGGGGAGCUGGAAGAGCUGCGGGCCGCCAUGGAGCAGGGAGAGCGCAGCCGGCGGCUGGCGGAACAAGAGCUGCUGGAGGCCACCGAGCGUCUCAACCUCCUGCAUUCACAGAACACAGGCCUCCUGAACCAGAAAAAGAAGCUCGAGGUGGAUUUGGCCCAGCUGAGCGGAGAGGUGGAGGAGGCUGCCCAGGAGAGGCGGGAAGCUGAGGAGAAGGCCAAAAAGGCCAUCACGGAUGCAGCCAUGAUGGCUGAAGAGCUGAAGAAGGAGCAAGACACCAGUGCACACCUGGAACGGAUGAAGAAAACACUGGAGCAGACGGUGCGGGAGCUACAGGCACGGCUUGAAGAGGCAGAACAAGCCGCCCUACGGGGCGGGAAGAAGCAGGUGCAGAAGCUGGAGGCCAAGGUGCGGGAGCUGGAGGCCGAGCUGGAUGCUGAGCAGAAGAAGCACGCUGAGGCCCUCAAGGGAGUGCGGAAACAUGAGCGUAGGGUCAAGGAACUCGCAUACCAGGCCGAGGAGGACAGGAAGAACCUGGCUCGCAUGCAGGACCUUGUGGACAAGCUGCAGAGCAAGGUCAAGAGCUACAAGCGGCAGUACGAGGAGGCGGAGCAGCAGGCCAGCACAAACCUGGCCAAGUACCGCAAGGCCCAGCACGAGCUGGAUGAUGCAGAGGAGAGGGCGGACAUGGCAGAAACCCAGGCCAACAAGCUGCGGGCGCGGACCCGGGAUGCUCUGGGCCCCAAGCACGAGUGAUGCCUGCAGUGUGCCCCUGACCUCAUCUGCUGAACCUGAACAAAUGGUCACGUCUACAGCUCCAGCUGGCUUCCUUGUCAUUCUUUGGGGCUCGGGAGGUGAGGGGAGCACACCGUCCCAUGGACAAAAGUCAGGUCCACAUCAGUCAUUUAAAAUAAAGUUCUUUAAUAGUCUCCA